AUGACAAUGGACGCCGACGAUCUCAUCAAGAUUGUACGAGGACUGGACCAGAGCGGUCCAGGCGAGGAUGGAAAGAAUUUGGAUCUCCUAUGGUCCAAGCUAGUCGCGUCAUCGGAUGAAUCGUUCCACGCCGCCGAGGAGAGCACGCUGCGAUGGCUGCUCAAGGUCAUGAACGGCAAUGCGACCACCGCCGAAGCCAUGCGCCGCCAUCCGCUGACCUGGACUAUGCUCGACUGCGUAUUCGCACGAAUCCCCCUUUUCUCUCUCGCCAAAUCCCUAGCUGAUCGAAAGUUCGUUGCGGUCCUUCAACAAACGCUCAAGGACAUCUCGACCGUCGCCGGCGACAAUACCGAGCACACCGCCACCAAGAAGCGAAAGCGAUCGUCGCCAGCGCCGUUCGGAAGCGACGAGACGAGACAGCCGCACGGCCGCCUUUCCACUGCCAAAUCACUGUUGAACACGCUCAAGUCACUACUGGACCGUCUCGACGACGCGACGGCUACGACCGCCCGAGACAACAUUGGUGCUGAGCAUAUCAGGUCCUUGUUCUGCAUGUCGGCUGUAGAUACGGCUGCGCUUCUGGUACCCGUGUUUUCCGUCUGUCAGCUCCUUAUCGAUACUGAAAUGUACGACACCGAAGGCGCCGAAGAAUGGGUUGCGGUGGCGUCGUCGCUUUGGAGCUUGCAUAUGCAGGGCGACGACGACAUGUCCAAGGCUGCUGGCCUGCUGUUCACUACUCCGGCCUCCAUUUUGAGUGAUUUAGAAAACUUAUCGGGAAAGGGCCCCAGCAAUGCACCAACCACGCUCAAGUCGAAAUGGAGCGCGGACUUGCAGCAGUUCCUCCAGCGCAGCUUGAUCCUUCCCUGUCGAACGACGUUCCUAAAUCGACAAGAUUUUGCCGCCAUUACCGUCGCAUUGGGUGCAUCGGAGGAAAAGAUUCACUUUACGGCACCUUCACUGUAUUUCCUGGCCACAAGGUCCUCAGACACAAACGCUGAAGGCGAGAGGCGCAAAAAUGCAGUAGAAUGGAUGAAGCGAGUGUUUGAAGAGAUUGAAAAAGCUGUGCACGACAACCCAGACCGCAACGCCCUCAUCGAACUCAUACUUCGCCAAGCGAUCGGAAACUCUACACCCGUCGACGUGAAAAAUUUGCGAGAGAUUGCCCGCGGGUAUGUUUUGGAGCAGCGGCGAACAGACUGGACACUGCUUGGUAGCAUCGUGACGUGCGACCCUGCAGUAUUUCAAACCAGUGGAGACGGCAGCGAUCUACUGGUGUCGAUUUGCGACAAAAUUUCAAAGUCUACUUCGAGCGAGUCGCAGCAGCCAAUCGCUGAGGUCCUGGGCGCGAUACGACAAAGCUUCGUAAUUCGACGCGAUCUCGUAGCGUUUCUGCAGCUAUGGUUCACAGAGCUAAGGAAGGCCGAAGAAAAGGGGCAAGCGAAGACAUCGCCUUGGUUCGGGGAAGGGCCAAAGCACUACAAGGGCAAGUACUUGCGCGACUUGAUCGAGAAAGAGUUGAGCGCAUCUCAGCUUUCCGAAUUUGUUGCCUGGCUCGAGUCACAACCCACACAAUCCAGUCCCAACUCCCUUUGUGCAAUCAAUGACACUAUAUCCAAGGGCUUGAAACGAGAGACGUUUAUCGACGCGGUUGACCUGCGGCUCUUCCAGAUGACAUGGACGGCUUGCGCCGAGUUGGCUGAUUUACCGGCUAGAUGGCGCAUCAGCUCAAAAACAAUGGCAUGGGCAAAACCAGAUGGGAGAACUGUCGUAUGGCAGUCGUUGAAGGACAAGGUCAAGCAGACUCUAAAAAAGGGCUCAUUAGACGCCGAGGAUACGUUCGAGUGUUUCCGCUUCUGCUAUAGUGCCUGGGAUGCUUUAACGACAGAUGCUGAUACAGUCAAGGAGCCAACCAAGCUGAUACAGAACUUUUCUGAGCGCCUCGCCAAAAAAGUCAUGUCAGAAUCUGCAAUCCAGAAAAUCACAAUCCUGGAUGGGGCUGAUGCUGAGGUCUAUGCCUUUGACAAUCAACUGCCAGCAGCUUGCUACUUGGACGUCUUCCUUUCCGGGGGCAGUCGAUUCAACCGGUUGUUCUCAAUGUCGAAUGACACUGUCCCUGAGCCGUUGAAAAAUGCGAUAACAACCUCCGAGCUUGCUACCAAGGAUAAGCGGGUUCUUUGGCAAAAAGUAUUCUCUAACGACAUAAAUCUCAACGAGGCAAAGCUUGCGAGAACGCUGGUUGAUCAAGUUAUCGACGCGCUAGAUCAGUUGGGCAAAGAAAAAGGCUGGCCGGGUAGCGACGCGACCCUCAUUAUUCAGAUUCUGAGUCGCAUUCCGCUCGACAGUUUUAAUCGGUGGCAGCGCGAAAAGAUCGUCAACACGCUGAAUAAAAGCAGCGGCAAAAUGAUCAAGUCUCCAGAGAAGACGCUUCUGGCUUCUUGGAAACAAAUACUGAGCCUGGUAACCAAACUGAUGGCGCGAGCGACAUUCUACGACGGGAUGACGUUUGAUCAUCUUGUCAUACUGGCUGAAGCCGUUUCUGUCUGCAUGGCAAAAACUUCUACUAGCGACGAGGAGACUUUGGAGAUGAUUGAGCGCUUCUCUCAGAUGGCAUCUUCCGUUAUUCGCCAAAUGGCGGAUCAGGUGGACGAGAGAAGUACAAAAUACUUUGGCGAGUGCUCUAAGUAUAUUACUGCGACGACCACAAGCAACUUCAAGCAACUCCAUGGUCUUCAUUACUCAUUAAUCAAGUCAUUGCUUUCCGUUGUCUCACGAUCACCAAAUACGCAAAACAACGAUGAGCUUACCAAGCUCGUUGCUGAAGGUCAAAGUAUGCUGGCCAAGGCCAUCAUGUCUGUCAUCAACCCUCUCAUUACGGCCAAGGCGCUUCCAUCCGCGGCCUCUUCGAAAGAGAGACUUGAACUUCUAGCGGCAACAGACGCCGCGCCCUCCGCUGCUCCGCUUGCACAAUUCUACAACGGCAAGCCUGCGCCCCUGCAGACGUUUGCCAACAACUGCAGCAGUAAGAUGGUAGAGGGAGAUGUUCUCGCUUGGAAAGUCCAGAUUCUAUUGCGCAAUGAAUUGCCUGCCGCGUUACAGCUACCAGCGCCUAAGACAUUCGAUGCGCUCUCGCCACUCCCACGGAAGCUUCAAUCGAGGCUCCUAUGCGACUUGACAAACUCAAUCACGAAGUCUCUGAGAGUACAAGAGAAAUUAGCGUACCUGCGAGACCUUGUCGAUGCACUGCGCGCCGGCUGCUUCACAGAUAGCCAGACCCUGGCAAUACAAGAAGUGGUAAGCCAGCUUGUUAGUUCGCCAGAGUAUCAGGGCAAGUUUGAAGGCUACGACCUUGCCGCAGCCUACAGUGAGAUUGUCACGCUGCUCAGCAAAGCCCCGGCGCCGGGCAACGUCAGUCUGUGCCGCACGCUGCACUCCCUCCUCGAGCGAAAACCGCAGGCCGUCAGCCAGUGGGACGUGGAAGCCACGCUGAGCACCAUCUGCGAGCUGUGUCCCGUCCAAGGGACCGGGGGGUUGCCGUAUGUCUGGCUGUGCAGGCUCACCGACGUGAUCAUUAAGAAGCACCGGCUGCGUCUCGAGGGCCACUACCACCUGCUGCUGACCGUGCUGCAAGCGCUGCUGGAGCGGCUCGUCGUCGGCGAGACGGGCGGCGCAGGGGACGCGUCGCGGGAGGCCAAGGCGCACGCCUACGCGCGCCUCAUCACGCUGGUGUGCGAGCCCACGGCCGGCGCCGUGUCGCGCACGCAGCACCAGAGCUCGCUGGACUCGGCCACGGACGUGGCCAAGCGCUCGGCGGGCCGCCACAUGCACCUGGUGCUCAUGCGGUACGUCCAGCUGCAACUGACUGAGGACGUGCCGCGGCCGCUGCGCGAGGCGCUGGAGCCGGCGAUGAACUCCAUCUUCGACAUCACGCCGCCGGAGGGGCGCAAGAUUCUCAACGAUGCCAUGGACGCGAGCGGGCGAGCCAUCUUGCGAGAAAUGUUCAAGCGAUAUGUCAAGUUUGGGAAAUGGAGCGGAGUUUAA